UGUCCCUGUGUCCCGAGCCUGUCCCUGUGACAGAGGUGUCCCGAACCUGGCUCGCAGGAACCUUCAGGAGUUGGAGCGCAGCUCGCCAGCUGGCACCUCCUCCCUCUCCAGGCUGCUCUCUGGGCUUCAGAUUUCUCUCCCUGCCGCUUUCCGCACUGACCUUGCAGCGUGUCCUUCCCUCUGGACAGGGAGAUGGCUAGUUGAGAAAGAAGCGUCCAAGGGGCCAAGGACAGGGGUUGGGAAACGGAAGAAAGUCCAUCUGUGUAUUUGUGGGGAAGUGCAGAUACUUGAAGAGCAAGAGAGGAAGGCUGGUCGGCCAGCUGGGCGGGCCUUGGAUGGAUGGAAAUGUCAGGCGUCCCGUGGACACUGACAGACACCAUGGGCCUUCCUCUUGGUUUGGCCAUGACAAGGGCCAUCUUGGGAAUGGAUCUCUGGAGACAUGAGGAAGAUGCAGAGGGGGAGAGGGUCUGACGUCAAGUCAAGAGGCAGAUUGGUCCCCUCUGUGCAGGGACAGUGGGCGGCUCCCAGGCAGUUGGAAGAUGCUCACAGUGGCUGUGUGUGUGACCCUUCUGGGCUACCUGCAGGCCCAGGAGCUCCAGGGACAUGUCUCCAUAAUCCUGCUGGGAGCAACUGGGGACCUGGCUAAGAAGUACUUGUGGCAGGGACUUUUCCAGCUGUACCUGGACGAGGCCGGGAAGGGCCACAGUUUCAGCUUCCAUGGGGCUGCCCUGACGGCCCCCAAACAGGGCCAGGAGCUCAUGACCAAGGCCCUGGAAUCCCUUUCCUGCCCCCAGGACGUGACUCCCAGUCGGUGUGUUGAACUCAAGGGUCAGUUCCUGCGGUUGAGCCAGUACCGCCAACUGAAGACAGCCGAGGACUAUCAGACUCUGAGCAAGGACAUUGAGGCUCAGGUCCAGCGGGAGGGCCUCCGCGAGGCUGGCAGGAUCUUCUACUUCUCGGUGCCGCCUUUUGCCUAUGCAGACAUUGCCCGCAACAUCAACAGCAGCUGCCGGCCAGGCCCGGGUGCCUGGCUGCGGGUUGUCCUCGAGAAACCCUUUGGCCAUGACCACCUCUCAGCCCAGCAGCUGGCUACAGAACUUGGGAGCUUUUUCCAAGAGGAGGAGAUGUACCGUGUGGACCAUUACCUGGGCAAACAGGUGGUGGCGCAGAUCCUGCCCUUCCGAGACCAGAACCGCCAGGUCCUGGACGGCCUCUGGAACCGGCACCACGUGGAGCGGGUGGAGGUUAUCAUGAAGGAGACAGUGGAUGCAGAAGGUCGCACCAGCUUCUACGAGGAAUACGGCGUCAUCCGCGACACCCUGCAGAACCACCUGACGGAGAUCCUCACGCUCGUGGCCAUGGAGCUGCCCCCCAACGUCAGCAGCUCGGAGGCCGUGCUGCGGCACAAGCUCCAGGCCUUCCAGGCCCUGCGGGGCCUGCAGAAGGGCAGCGCCGUCCUGGGCCAGUAUCAGACCUACAGCGGGCAGGUGCGCAGAGAGCUGCAGAAGCCAGACAGCUUCCACAGCCUGACACCGACCUUCGCAGCCGUCCUUGUCCACGUGGACAACCUCCGCUGGGAGGGCGUUCCUUUCAUCCUGAUGUCCGGCAAGGCCUUGGAUGAGAGAGUGGGCUACGUUCGCGUCCUGUUCAAGAACCGGGCGUUUUGUGUCCAGAGCGAGAGGCACUGGGCCUCGGAGCAGAGCCAGUGUCUGCCCCGGCAGAUCGUCUUCCACAUCGGACACGGCGAGCUGGGCCACCCUGCCAUCCUGGUCAGCCGGAACCUGUUCAGGCCGUCGCUGCCCACCCAGACCUGGAGGGAGGUGCAGGACCGGCCCGGGCUCCGCCUGUUCGGUCGCCCCCUGUCGGAUUACUACGCCUACAGCCCCGUGGGGGAGCAGGAUGCCUACUCCAUCCUCCUGUCGCACAUCUUCCACCGCCGAAAGGAGUCCUUCAUCACCACGGAGAACUUGCUAGCCUCCUGGGUCUUCUGGACCCCCUUGCUGGACAGCCUGGCCCGUGAGGCCCCACGCCUCUACCCCGCGGGGGCCGAGAGUGGCCAUUUGUUGGACCUUGAGUUCAGUGGUGGCCAGCUCUUCUUUUCCCAGCAGCAGCCAGAGCAGCUGGUGCCAGGGCCAGGGUCUGCCCCAAGGCCUAGUGACUUCCAGGUUCUCAGAGCGACAUACCGAGAGAGCCCGCUCGUCUCCGCCUGGCCUGAGGAGCUGAUCUUGAAGCUGGCCGAGGACAUCGAGGCCACUGCAGUGCAGGCGGUGCGGCGCUUUGGCAAGUUCCACCUGGCGCUCUCAGGUGGCUCAAGCCCCAUAGCCCUGUUCCAGCAGCUGGCCACGGGGCACUUCGGCUUCCCCUGGGCCCACACGCACCUGUGGCUGGCCGACGAGCGCUGCGUCCCACUCUCGGACCCGGAGUCCAACUUCCAGGGCCUGCAAGCUCACCUGCUGCAGCAUGUCAGGGUCCCCUACUACAACAUCCACCCCAUGCCUGUGCACCUGCACCAGCGGCUCUGUGCCGAGGAGGACCAGGGCGCCCAGACCUACGCCAGGGAGAUCUCAGCCCUGGUGACCAACAGCAGCUUCGACCUGGUACUGUUGGGCAUGGGCACCGAUGGGCACACGGCCUCCCUCUUCCCACAGUCACCUGCUGGCCUGGAUGGCGAGCAGCUGGUGGUGCUGACCGAGAGCCCCUUCAGGCCACACCAGCGCAUGAGCCUCAGCCUGCCCCUCAUCAAUCGUGCCAAGAAGGUGGCAGUCCUGGUCAUGGGCAGGAGGAAGCGUGAGAUUGCCAUGCUGGUGAGCCGUGUGGGCCACGAGCCCAAGAAGUGGCCCAUCUCAGGCGUGCUGCCUAGAUCUGGCCAGCUGGUUUGGUACAUGGACUUUGAGGCCUUUCUGGGAUGAUGCGGACAUCCUCACCCUUUGCUUGUUCCUGGGCUUUCUCUCACCUGCCGUCUCCCUGCCCCCCAACCUUCCCACCUGUCCAAUGUGCCCAGUGUCAGGCCCAAAGGCCCCUUCCCAGCCCCUGUGACCAUUGGUCCCACCCGGUUGUGAUGGGCAGGUACAGAAACAGGCGAAAUGGGAUCUCUGCUCUUGAGGUGCCUCAAAUCCAGGUCAGGAGAGAAACCUCAAGGAAAGACCCCCAGCAGUUACACGUCAGUAUCAACCAGGCAAAGAGAGAUGGGAGACGCAGCCAGCAGUCAGAAGAGGGAACGCAGUGGGCGAGGUCCAUCAGGGGUGGUUUCCCAGGGAGGCAGUCCUUGAACUGGCUCCUUUGGAGAGGGCCUGGGUUGAUAGAGAGAAGGGUACAAAGGCCCCCUGCGUGCUCUGCCCUGUGUCAGGGAGGCUGCAGACGGUCCCAACACCUAGCAGGCCAACCCCUGCCUCCUCUAGCCACCCCCUCAUCCAGCCUCUGCACAUUCAGCCAAACGUCCAGUCCUCUUCCAGGUGCCUCCACCUGCUCUGUCUCUGGGUGCCUCUGUCCUCUGGGUCCCCAGGCCCUUCCAUUUCCCUGCUGCCCCUCUGCCUCUCCCUCUAUAGAGAUAAGGGUUGGUAACAGGAAAACAGCAAUAAGUUCUGGGACCACAAAAGUCCCCAGAAACCCUUAGUACCUGUUAGUGGCUUCUUUUCUCAGCUGAGAACUGCCUUGCCCUGGGGGGUGGGGGUCUGGCUCCCCAGUGCCCUCAGGAAGGACCUGACCCUCUGCCCACUGUCCUCUCUCCAGCACAUCCCCCUUCUGGUUCGUCCUGGGUGUGCAUGAUUCAGCCAUUCCAGGGAUCCCUGUGGUGACAGGGUCAUUCACAUCUCAGGGUACCUCGGUGGGGGUUUCCACUCUCAGUGGCUGUUUUGCCAGGGAAGGUCCAGUUACGUCAUUCCCUGAUGUGGGGAGAUGUGACAUGAAGGGACUCAGAUCAGGCAGCCCUGUGGGGUGGCCGCGUCUCUGCCCCUUUCUGAGGGCUUAUUUGGCCAACUGGCUGCAGUAGGGGACAAGCUGAUGGCAGCCCUCUUCACACCACCUCUCAGGCCACCUGGCUUGAGCCUGGUGCCCUCCUGUCUCCUGGCCUCUCCCACUGCACUGCCAACGCCUUGCCUAAGACUGGGCCUCAGUGGGUGGCCAGUGUAGGGGUCUCCCUGAAACCCCCAAGGUCAGGGAGGGUGGGUUCUGAAACUGUUUCCAAGAAAGCCAACAACAGAAAGCCAAGUUCCCCGGACACUUGUCCUUUCUGUUUCCACUGCCCACUUAGUCAUGCCCCCAAGGCCGGGGAGGGCUUUCAGUGGUGAGGAGCAUCAGGAAAUCUGUUUCUCUACUUUCAACUGUUUACACUUUUUUCCAGGCUUCAGAUUGAAAACAAUUCUCAAUUUCACUGGAGGUGUGUGUGUGUGUGUGUGUGUGUGUGUGUGUGUGUGUAAUAGUUGCCCAAGCCAGAGCUCCCACGUGAAAGGCAACCUUAAAAUUCUUACUUGGUCCUCCAGCGACCCAGUCCCGACAGAACAUCUCUCUAAGAGCUGCCCCUGGCAGAGCAGCACCUAGGCUGGGGGUGGGGGGCGUUUUAUGUAGCACUCAGGGCCCUUGAUUGCAGCCGAAGUUCCCCCUCUGGCCAUGAGGGGGCGCCAGCACGCCGCCACCAACCUGGCCCUGGCAGCGAUCCCCAGCCAGGCCAGCGCCGGUUCUUCAGUUCUUCCCAUUUCCUUUCAUUUCCCAAUCUGCCUCCCUCGGAGCUUGACCGCAGCACGCCCCCAUCUGUUCUUUAAGGACUCAUUCCUCUGUGGUUGCAAAACCAGAGCGAAAGGGGCCUCCACGUGCCCCAGUAUCUCCAGGAGCAAGGGUGAGUGGGCUUUGUGUCACCGUUUCUGAAUAAGAGUGAGUCACUGCCAGUCAGGGGCCAGAGUGUCCUGUUCUUACUCAGGAGUGACUUGCCUCAGAACUGCCCUUUAUCUGUGGAGAGUGUGCAGGAGUCGUGGGGCACGAACGCCAAAGGCUUCCAGAUCAGGAGCCUCCAUCAGUCAUAUAGGAGGGUCAUAUCGCCAGGGUCUGAGUAUCCCUGGCUCCCCCCGCCUUUCCCCUUCACCCGGGGGCAGGCAGCAGAGCGGCCCAGAGCCAGGGCCACCGAGCAUGGGCGCCUCAGCCAUUUGGACUGUGAUCCGCAAUAUGAAUCACGACUCAGUCACAUCUGUGUACAAAUGUGUGUCUCAUGCCAGUUUCACAAACGGAUUCUUACCCUCAGGACCUGGGAUGCCCUCUGUUUUCUGGUUUUUUCGUUUAAAAAGUGCUGCUUGCAGUCCACGGGCUUGAGUUGACACAGAGCUUGACAAGCCCCCACCUAGUCCAGCUUUCUACCCUCUUAGGAACUCAGGACGCCCAGGCUCAGAGGGAGGUACAUGGGCAGUUCCCACAGGUGGGCAGCCUUGCGGCUGGAGCCUUCUGUCCUGCAGCUCCCACCUGGGGCUCCCAGCGAUGGAGGACCGGAGGCAGCUGUCUAGCCUGGGCCUUGGGAUGUUUGCCCUUGGCCUGGCUCAGGCAGAGGCAAUCUGGAUGCUGCUCCAACCUGCUGGCACGAGGCUCUGCUGCAGGGUCGCUCCCUUCCUUGGGGAGGGGUGGGAGAUGGUGACGAGGCAGUCUGAAGCGGGAACCUGCAGCUUGUCUGGGAGAUGCUGUGUGGUCUUCACAGAGGGGCCCUUGCCAAACACUGCGCACAGCACCAUCUUGCUCAGUCCUCUGGACAGCUCGACGUGGGUGGUGGCACCCUUGGUUACUGAUGGUUUUAAACUGAGCACAGGUUAAGGAUGCUGUCUGGUGACCACCGGCCAGCCCACGGCCCCACUCAGAACGGGUCUCUCAAUUCCAGACCUUGUUGCCUACACUGGGCAGUGCCUCCUCCUCUCCCGUUGGUGGGGUCAGUUUCUCUGGUCAGGACUAGUGCACAGAGGCCCCUCCUUGAGGGACCUUGUGAGUAUCUGCAGAGCAAACAUUAUUGCCACCGGUGUACAAUUGCCUCAGAGACUUGAGGGACCUUCUGGUGGUUGUAGCUGGGUUCCGAUUUCCCACCUGGAGGGCAGUGUUUCUGCUAACUACAAGAUCAACCGUCUCAUCUUGUUGACCCCCUGCUCCUUGCUCCACAGAAAUGCUUUGUUCCCACUCUUGGGCCCCCAAAUCAGGAGCACAAUCAAAGCUUCCUAUUGUUUGGACUAAUAAAUCAGAAGAUUUCCUGGAGGGUUUUCAUUCCAAAAUUUCAGUCCCUGGUCCGAGAAUUCCCUUUUGUCUGUCUUGCUUCCCUCCUUUCCCUGUUCUUCAGAGAGCUGGAAGAGAAGGGAAGGGAGAAGCUUCCAGAAAAACUUGCAGGGCUGUUUCCUAGAAUUUAGUCUUCGGAAACAUUGUUUGGUUCUCCUACAAAUAUGUGCCACCUCACAUAAGCAGCCCUGCAACAGCUUUGCCCAGCCGGGCCGUUAUCUUAAGCAGAUGGGCCCUGUGUGCCGUUAGCCACUGGUGGGAAUGUGCCCGGCAGUGUCUGCGUCAGGAAAGGAACCCGUGGCAAGGAAGGGCAUGGGAUGGCCUGCUCGGUCACCUCCUGCCUUCCCUGAAAGCAAGGCUGCAGAGAGGCUAAGGGCCUGAAUAGGCCGCUGCUUCCAACAUCCUGGGCCACAUGGCCCAUGAGGGGCACUGACCCUGGCCUCGCACACCCCGCUCCCUCCAGCUGUCCCUGCAGCUGUUCAACACCAGCACCCAGACCCUGAGGACACAGGCACUUGGUGAUGGCUUUGUGCAGGGGCGGGAGGCAGCCCCUGGGGUAGGAAGGUCUUCCCCAGAGCCUUGGCAGCUGAUGAGAACCCAAGAGGUCACCUGAGCCAGCAAUGCAGUCUAGACUUCUUGGUGGGCUCUACUCUGCUCUGGGGGCCCUGAGCUUUAAGCUGGAGGCACAUCUGUGUCCUCUCGUCCCCCCGCCUGCUCCGACCGUGCACCCACUGAGCCCCUGUUGUCAGCCCAGGGAUCAGCCUGCACCGUCCAGCCUCCACUUGGUGGCUCGGGGCCGGUCCGGGCUGGUCACUGGCUUGUGCUGCUUCCUUUGUGCCACACACCUGAGGGUGCCAUGUCCUGCGGCCCUUCCCACUCUGGAGCGGAGCUGGCCCUCCCAUCGCUUCAGUCUGCCCUGUGAGGAGCGCCUCCCAUGAAGGGACCGAGCCCAGAGCAGCAUCUGUUCUUGAAGAUGCCUCCCGGGAACGUGCACACCCCGGCCCUGGGUACUGUCAGCGCUCCGUGGCGGUGGGUGUGAGGGAGAAGCUCCUGGGUGCUCCGGUCCAGCUGAGCCCACUCCUUGGAGCUGAGGGGCUUGUGCCUCUCAGAGAGUCUGGCAAGACACGGAGCCAGCAGUGCCCUGCAUGAGACGUCCCUCCAGCCAACGCUGGGGAGGAAUCCGUCUGCAAACGGGUCUGGGGAUGUGCCUGUCUGUGUGUGACCAAGGCGGGACGGAGGUUUGGAACACUGGAUUCACUAGUUCUGCUUACUCUGAUUCCCAGGGAUGAGCUUUCGUUAAGCCCUUGCGUUGCUCUCGGGGUGCUCUGAAGGAAAUCUCUGCAUCUUUCUGUCCCUUGCUAUGGGAGGGGCAGAGAGCUGUGGGUUCCGACGGCUGGUGGCUGGCGUGGCAAGUGGAGGUGCGCAGCGCCACAGCCGCGUGUGGCUCUGGUCUUUGCCCCCCAAAAUGAAGCUGGUGGGACGGGAGGCGGGGGAGGGGCCCUGGGCCGCAGUUCCCAGAACUCCUCUGCCCUUGUUUUCCCGGGACAUGAAGCAGGCAGUCAGCUCCCCCACUCUCUGCCCACUGUGCCCACUGGAAGAACGGGGUGGGAGUGGGCACCAGGGUUGUCCUGCCCUUGCCUGGGGGGAGGGAGGAGCUGCGGCUCCCACUGGAAGCUUGAGUUGGACUCGUGCUGGGGAGCUGGGGCCGUGGACAACCAGCGUGUGUGUGUGUGUGUGUGUGUGUGUGUGUGUGUGUCCGGGGCUGGCUGUGACCUGGACUGUGUCCCUGCUCUCUGCCCCACACCGGGCAACCUGGGAUCUGGGCCUCUGUGGGGGGAGAAGAGGGAGGUCCUCUUCUUGGUGGAGGGAGUCAGUGGGUGUGACAGCCACCCACUGCCCAGCAGCAAGAAGGAGCCCGGCUGUCGCUACCCCUGGGUUUUAUGGAAACUUAACAACAGCUAACAGGAUGAGACACAUUCAGAACAAAAGCCUUUUUCGACCUUUCAAAACAGUUUUUUAAAUGCCUUUUUCUAUGUCAAAUGUCACAUUUAUUUUUUAAACAAUAAAGUUGUUUUUGCCAGAA